AAUGGAAGUGUAGCAUGAAGCAUAAGCAACGGUUUACUGCUACGGUUACCCAACUGAGGUCCGGGACGCAGGACGCACGCUCCGCACCCCCGCUCUUUCUAUUCACAAACCGCCCGCUCCAGACGCGCGCCUAGUGUCGACAGUGAAAUUCAAAACAAAAAGGUCGUCAGUGCCUUAUGAGGCUUGGUGAGUGUCGGGUGUGCGCGUGUUCCCGCUAAGCUAGUAAAGGGUCGCGGCAGGCCCCAAUGUGCAUUCAGUGAACAGCUAGUGACCGCCAGCUGCUGCGCCGCCAUGGGCUGCGCUCGCGGGAUUUGCACCUCACAGAGCGUCUUCAUCUUUAUCAACAUCGCUUUUGCAAUGUACAGCGGCGCACUGCUGUCGACGGCGGCGCGGCUGGCGUGGGACCCAAGUACAUACACAUGGUUUCGAUUCCUGUGCGCUGCACAAUAUCGUGUUUCACUGGCGUACGUUCUGGCUGCUGGGUUGUGGCUAGCAGCCCUGGUAUACCUGGCAGUUGCGGCCGGUGCCGCGGCUGCAGCUGCACGCCGCCCCGCCGCCGCGUUGCACGCUUAUGUGGCGGGUGUAUGCGCCUUGGUGCUUAGUGAAGUGGCCUAUGGUGCGUGGCUGGUCGCCUCUUUAGCUGCUUGGUGGCGUGCCGCGCCCGAAGCCGAACUGGCGCGCAAAGGCAUCGACUUACUACACGAUAUUAAGCCGGCGCUGCUUGCCGUCGAGCGCUACCGCAAUUACGCACAACCUGUUUACAAUAUGAUCGAGGAGGUGGAAGCACGCGCCCCGAACAACGCCGUGAUAGUGAUCGUUUUCGCGGCGCUGGCAGUGGUGCUGCAAGUUGCGGCGGUGGUGGUGGCGCGGCGACUGGCACGCGGAGGAGUCACGGCAGGUCGGCGGUGUGAGCCCAGCGAAGUUGGCGAGGUGGACAGUGACAGCGAGGCCCUGGAAAAAAGCGCGCCAUCUGCACCGACCGCGUCCCCGCCGCCACCGCCAGGAUGGCACAAAUCCGCUAACUUGCGGAUGUACACGAUAUUAGACAAGAUUUUCUAGCAGGAGGAGGGUGAGUCUCGCAAGAGCGUGACUCGUCCUCAGAGAGAGCCUUGCGAGUCGGAGCAUGGCGGGUCUGCGAGGGCAGCGGCUGUGCGCGACGCACGGUGGGACGCGGUACACGCGCAGCUGGCUGCCGCCGGCGGACGUCCUGCGCGAGCUCCCACCGCACUCCUCAUCCUUCACACAGACCUCUAGCCGUCCUCUGGUUUGGUAAACCUUCUGUGUGAGCGGUAAUCGCUCCUUAUAUACGUACGAUGAACGAAUUCUUGCCCUAUUGUCUUCUCCUAUAAUUGAUUAAGGUGUUAUUUCCGUCUUUAAUACUACAUAAUAUUAUUAAUUCACACGUACGCCCUUAAUUAUGGCACAAUACAAGAAUUUAACACUUCAAUAAUUAAUAGUGAGAACUAGGAACGAAAGCAUUAGCAUUAGACAAUGCUAAUUCUAAAUAUUUACUUCGAUGUUGAAUAACGAAUUUUUGAAUACAUAUUAGUUAAACAAACGUUUUUUGUUUCAUGAAUAAACACAAAUAUGUAUGUAGGUAUAUAUAUCAAAAAUUGGUUAUAAUUGAUUUGUUAAUCGAUAUACGAAGCGGCAGAUUUUAUGUAAUUUUUCAUAGAGAUCAAGUAGCCCAGCAUCCGUAGCAUAACGUGCUACUUUGUUCUACAGUUUUUUCAACGAAAAUCAAUAACGCACACUGCCUCCACUAACGAAUUAUUCUUACCUAUUGUAAUAUGUGUUUACAUUGUAUUAAAAAUGUUUUGCAAUCAUAGCAAUACUGCGGUUCAACGUGUUUCGGCCAAGUUCCUCAAACAUAGUUCCUUCACUCAUACCGUUUGUUUUGUAAAUUACAGACGGAAUGUCGUGGAAGUAACUACAUUUGUCGUGUUUUAUUCUCUCAUAUUUCGUAAUAAAUAAAUUGAAUGUAUUCUACGAAAAUACGUUGAAAUACGCAUGUGUUGCAUGAAUUGGAACGAACUUAAGCUGUUAAACAGACUGCCAUAUUAUUUAUAAUAUUAAAAGUAUUGUUUAAGUAGUAAAUAAAGGCGUGAAUCGCCAGUGAUAACGUAUAUCUAGCCUAAAAGUUGACUCAUAUCACCUUUGUAUUGCAUGUGUUUGUGAUUCCUUAGCUGGUAAGUGUUCUGUUACAACGAGUGGUGCUAAUAUCACUGCAUUUUGUACGUAGUAUGUUGAUACGUAAUAUUUUAUCGUUAUACUUACUGGUUUAAUAGUAACGUAUAGUUAAUGUUCUAAAGCACAACGGGAGGUGCAGAUUCGCCAUGUUCCUUCGUCACCAAUUGGUUAAACGCCGGUGAUAGACGAAGUGGGAGCGUUCCGGUGCCAAAUAGCUUUAAGUUUAGCGAAUAGUAAGUAAUUUGUUACUAAU